AUGAAGGAGGUGGGGUGGUGGACGAGGAACCACGGCUACAAGGCGUGGGCAGUGGCGAUCAUCCUGCUGCUGGCGGUGUGGUCGAUGCUGUCGGGGAGCGCGGGGCUGGGCCUGGCCAGGAAAUGGUCCGCCGCAGCACACACGCAGACGAGCCGCUUCUUGUUGGCGGCCAUGGAUCACUACCAUGGAGGAGGUGGCGACGAGGACGAAUUGGAGGCGGAGAUGCGAGAGAAGAUUGUGCGGCAUGCCUGGAGUGGCUACCGUUUCGGCAGCAAGGAGGACAAGAGCAGUGGCAGCUUCUGGCAGGAUGCGUUCGAGGCGGCGUUUGAGGAGCUGGAGAGCGACAAGAGCACGGUGAGUGAUGGCGCAGUGCGCGAGAUCGCGAAGCUGUCGGCACGCCUCGGCGCUUUUGGGGUGGACGUGAACACCGGCAAGCCCAGGAGUGGCAAAGCCAAGAAACAAAUCUAG